AUCCACGACGGCGACACCUAUUAAGAAUACUGAUUCCAGCAUAUUGAACACAAUCUUCAGUGCUUGAUAAUGUUUUCCCGAAACUUUGCAUUCGUGGUGCAUUUGGUUGUUCUUUUCCUCGUCCUAGUAAACACUGACGCUCUCCGCAAGAAAUCUAGUGUGGCGAAAAAGUGCUGCAGCCGUGUCUCAUCAUGUAGCCCAGGUAUUCCAGGCAUACCCGGUAUUCCUGGCAAACCCGGUAGAAAUGGGCGCGACGGAAAUCAGGGACCAAAAGGGCCGCCGGGAAAUGGGGGAGCUCAAGGACCUCAAGGUCCUCAGGGGAACCCUGGCUCACCUGGAAAAMCAGGUGCAUCCGAACACUCAAACUGGAAAGAAUGCUCGUGGAAAAACAUUAAUGACGGAAGAGACCAUGGUCUUAUCAAGGAAUGUCUUUUCAAAAAGAAGCAUGCAAUGACUUCUCUACGUGUUUACUGGAACGGAGCUUUGAGAAUCUACGGAUGUAACAAAUGCUGCAAACGAUGGUUCUUCACUUUCAACGGUGCUGAAUGUUCCAACCCUGGCGCCAUUGAUGGUAUUGUUUACAUGCGGCAAGGUGGGAAUCAAAAUCUUCACCGCGUCCGCCAUAUUGCAGGUCAUUGUCACGCCGUCCACAAGGGCGUUGUUCGCGUUGGUUUUAACGUAGGGAAUUGUCACGGGUAUGGUAACGCUGAUGCUUAUACAGGAUGGAACUCUGUCAGCCGURUCUUUGUAGAAGAAGUUGAACCUCCACAGAAAUAACUUAAGGAAUUCGUGCUUCAAUUUAAAAAAAAUGUCAUUAGCGGAAUGAUAUUUUAGUAAGGUAGUGUAAAUAUUUGAACCUGACAGCAGCAAAAACAAGAUGUGCUUCAGGUAUAAUUUUAAAUAAUAAAUAAAAUUCUGUUAAUAUUUGAUUCGAUUUUUGAUAAUGUUAAAUACUGUCUUGAUGGAAUCUGUUUGUUGCAUUCCAAGACUGUUAAUUGAGUAAUAAAUGUCACCACCACACAA